UUGUUCCAAAAAAUACCAGACAACAAACCAUACAUUUCCUAAAUGCAUUGAUAUAUUUUUUUAUUUUUACAAAUUGAUUCAGUGGUAACGCUUGUUAAUAGAGAGUACGUACUAAAAUAAAUACCGGGUGGUAGAUCGGCCAUUUUUGUCUAAAAGAUCACAUGCAUCACUUCGACAUUCGCUGUUGUUUCAUUUGCGCCAUUUUGUCCGCUCACUUUGGUGAUUGGGCUUCAGAAGCCUGUACUGGAGCCAAUCAGAGGGACACCGGACAGCGGAGACACGGAAGUGACAAUAACAGGAAGUGACUAGCUGACCAUGGAGUACACCACCGCCACCACCUCGACUGGGGAGCAGAUAGUCGUGCAGACAUCCAAUGGACAGAUACAACAACAGACUCAGGGCACAGUGACGGCAGUGCAGCUGCAGAACGAGGCGGCCGUAAUGACGGCCUCUGGCCAGCAGGUGCAGACACUCCAGGUAGUCCAGGGUCAGCCCCUGAUGGUGCAGGUGAGCGGAGGGCAGUUGAUCACGUCGUCAGGGCAACCCAUCAUGGUGCAGGCUAUGGGUGGGGGACAGGGACAGACCAUCAUGCAAGUGCCUGUGUCUGGAGGACAGGGAGUACAACAGAUCCAGCUACAGGGCGGACAGCAGAUCCAGCUACAGGGCGGACAGCAGAUCCAGCUGCAGAACGGCCAGAUGUUACAGCUAGGGGGACAGCAGAUCCAGCUGCAGAACGGCCAGAUGUUACAGCUAGGGGGACAGCAGGGUCAAACACAACAGAUCAUCAUCCAACAGCCACAACAAGCCAUCACAGCCGGACAGAACCAGGGCCAACAGAUCCAGUUGCAGCAGGGCCAGCAGCUGGCGCAGACGGCUGACGGACAGACCAUCGUCUACCAGCCAGUCAACGCAGACGGCACUGUCCUGCAACAGGGAAUGAUCACCAUCCCAGCAGGCAGCCUGUCGGGGGCUCAGAUGGUACAGACAGGGGGCGCCAACACCACCACCACUAACAGUGGACAGCAGGGCACUGUGACCGUCACCCUGCCGGUCUCUGGCAACAUGAUGAACACCGGUGGCAUGGUCAUGAUGAUGCCUAGUGGAGGUACGGUUCCUGCUAUGCAGCGUAUCCCUCUACCUGGGGCUGAGAUGUUAGAGGAGGAACCUCUGUACGUCAACGCUAAACAGUACCAUCGCAUCCUGAAGAGAAGACAGGCCCGCGCCAAGCUGGAGGCAGAGGGCAAGAUCCCCAAGGAGAGGAGGAAAUACCUGCACGAGUCCCGUCACCGUCACGCCAUGCAGCGCAAGAGGGGAGACGGAGGACGCUUCUUCUCUCCCAAGGAGAGGGAGGAGAUGGCCCUGGCCCUGCAACAGGCAGAGCUGGCCGCCCAGGCAGGAGAAGACGAUGUAGCCCAGAUGGUCCGAGUUUCUUAGCACCUACAACCCCCGAACCACCCCUCCGUCGGCCAGUAGAGGCCCUCUGAGCCCCCCCACCUAGCUAGCCAGCACCCAGCUACACCUCUCAUCUCCUAAGAAUAAUAAUAAUUGAUUGGAUUGAUAUAGCACUUCUCCAGACACUCAAAGUGCUUUACAAUGACCUCACCCACCACAAAUAUGUAGCUCCUAUCCAGAUGAUGCCAUGGCAAACAUUUUGCCCCAGAAAGAAAAGCAUAAACCUGUAUUCUCCCACCACCUCUUGCCCCUAUACUCAACAAUCUGAUAUCCCUAUGACUGGGGUCCUCCAUGAUGGGUUACUAGGAAUUAACUUUAACCCUUGACCUCCCAAAUCCCUGGUCUUCCAGACCUGGCUCUGUGACUGACUGCAGUGCCUGAGGUAUUCGGACACACAGCAAGUAAGAUGUGAAAGUUAAGAUUUACUGGGACUGUAGUGCUCUGUUCUGGAAACCAAGACAACUAUGAGAUGUUUCACCUGCAUAAUACCCCGGUCAAUGACUUCAUGUUUGCUGAAGAAGUCAUAACUGAUGGUAGUUAGUUGCAGAAUCCAUUUUGUUUGGUCGUAAAGCAGCAAAAAUAAAAUGGUGUGUUUCACGAAUGCAAAAAACUGUUUACAAAUUCAGCUGAAAAGAGUCAAAAUGAUGGUACACUUAUUUCUGCCCUGUAUGUGUCUUUUUGUUGAAACAUGCACCAUUGAAGCCCAGCCUUGGUCCAUAAGGAUUGUCAAAUAUUGUGUCCAAUAUGAAAAUGGAUAUUAGUUAGAAUGUUUUUUCUAAGCACUUCUCAGCAGGGUCCAAUUUCAAAAUGUUCUCACAGAGAACUACAGAGGAAAUUUGUAAUUUCAGGUUACUUCCUGAAUUGAAAUGGAAUUGACCCCAAGUCUUGCUUUUCAGACGUGUUUUCAAUAUCCAGUACCCAGUUAUUGUCUGUACAGGGAAUGUGUUUUAUACAACUUUUUUUCUUUGUAGCGAAAUAGACGACACAUUUAUGUUGCCACGACGUCUGAAUGACCCGUGUACUUUGCCUGUUUUACUUUAGGGCGUCUUUUUUUAUAUUUGAAGAGUACAUUUUAUAUUCUUCUGAAGCAGUCCUCCAAAACAUAAUUUUUGUUGUUGUUGUGAUUGACAACAUUGUUUCAUGAGCUCAUCUGUUCAUUAAAUUGUAUUACGUUGA